AUUCGGAAAGUUGUUGAAGUUCGACCCUGAGCUCUGCCUAUGUUAGGUACAUACACCUCCAUAUAAAUGGGGGAAACCUCGCUUCCGUCCUUCAAGACAAUGCACACAUAAUACGGGGCCCCCGUACUGUCCGAUAUGAGGCCGAUGCCGUUUCGAGCGCUGAGAAACGCGCGAUGCGGCGCAUUUCAGUCGAUACUCGCCGCCGAGAGAAGCGCUCUUGGCUCGCUGCACAUUACAGUAAACGCAGCUCGGAGCAACAGGUCGAUUUUGCAACGGAGCCUGCGGCCUGCGUCACGCCAUUUUUCUGCCGCUGCGAGCCUGCGGAACGAGAGGCAAAAUGAGGACAAUGUAGACGACCGGGGAAGGAAAUGGUCAACUCCCCUGGCUAAGCAGUUGGGCGAAGCAAUCGAGGCAACCGGCCCUGUGCCCCUGGCCAGCUACAUGCGCAUGUGUCUAACCUCCGAUCUUGGCGGUUACUACACAGGUGCUCUCGAAGAGGGCCGCGACCAGUUCGGUCUCAAGGGUGACUUCGUGACCUCCCCGGAGAUCUCCCAGGUCUUUGGCGAGCUAUGCGGCAUCUGGUACGUGGCCGAGUGGAUUGCCCAGGGCCGCCAGAGCAAGGGCGUGGAGCUGAUCGAGGUCGGACCCGGUCGCGGCACCCUGAUGGACGACAUGUUGCGGACCAUUCAGCGGUUUCCCGCCAUGGCAAGCAGCAUCGACGCCGUCUACAUGGUUGAGGCCAGCCCGGAGCUCAGAGUAGCACAGAAGAACCUACUCUGCGGCGAGGACGCCCCAAUGACCGAAUCUAAGGCCGGCUACCAUAGCGUGUGCAAGUACAACGCUCUGCCGAUUGUCUGGACCGAGACCAUCAAGUCUAUCCCUAUCGCCCCGGAGAAGAUGCCCUUCAUCAUGGCCCAUGAGUUCUUCGAUGCCCUCCCCAUCCACGCCUUCGAACUCGUCUAUGUCCCCGCAACUCAAACCGCAACCCCCUCCCCCACCGACACGGCCGCCCCAUCGACCAAAACCUCCCACCCGACCCUCCAAUGGCGCGAGAUGCUCGUCUCCCCGACACCCCCCGGCUCGACCCACGAGAGCCUCCACACGCCCGCCUCCCAGUCCCGCGACACCCCGCCCCCAGACUUCCAACUGACCCUGGCCAAGGCGCCCACCCGGCACUCCCUGUACCUGCCCGAGCUCUCGCCGCGCUACCGCGCGCUCAAGACGACGGUCGGCGCCGGCGCCCUGCUCGAGAUCUGCCCGGACGCCUCGCUCUACGCCGCCGACUUCGCCGCCCGCAUCGGCGGCUCCCCGCAGCACCCGAAGCCCAAGCCGUCGGGCGCGGCCCUGAUCCUCGACUACGGGCCCGGCGACGGCACCGUGCCGACCAACUCGCUGCGCGGCAUCCGCCGCCACCGCCGCGUCAGCCCCUUCGCCGAGCCCGGCCUGACCGACCUGUCCGCCGACGUCGACUUUGCCGCCCUCGCCGAGUCGGCCACGCGCGCCAGCGAGGGCGUCGAGGUGCACGGCCCCGUCUCCCAGGCCGACUUCCUCGAGUGGAUGGGCAUUCGCGCGCGCGUCGACAUGCUGGUCCGGGCGAUCAAGGAGGCGCCGGGCGGGGGCGGCGCUGCCGCCGCCGCCAUCGACAAGGACAAGAGGGUGGAGGACGUCCGGAAGGCCCAGGCCCGGCUGGUGGAUCGCGGGCCGGGCGGGAUGGGCAAGGUCUACAAGGCGCUGGCGAUCGUGCCCGAGAACGAGGGCAGGCGAAGACCGGUUGGGUUCGGCGGCGAUGUUGUUGUUUAAGUAAGAUGGGGUACUGGCUGUGCCCGAGUGUAUGAUAAAAAAGGUUGCCUAGUGAGACAGACGGGUUGACUGUCCUUGCGAUUUGCUUUAUUUAACGUUUAUCGAACCGUACAUGUACAAUAAAGCUGCGCAUAAAGAACGGGAACGAAAGAAAGAGGUAAUAAAAAAUGAAAAAGAAAAAAAGUAGAGUGCGUG